AUGGUCCGAUUACGGGAAAUACCCAGAACAGCCUGCUUCGCCUGGUCACCAGGAGCGGCCCCCCCACUGAUAGCAACCGGUACUCGGGCUGGUGCUGUGGACGCGGACUUCUCAAAUGAGACACAGCUAGAGAUAUGGGAUUUGGCAUUGGACACCCCAGAGCAGGGCGUCGAGCUGCAGCCACUGAGCAGCAUCAGCACCGAUUCAAGGUUCCAUGAUAUUGCGUGGAGUGACCCCAGCGAGGACCAUCCGAGAGGCAUAAUCGCAGGCGCCUUGGAGAGCGGCUCGUUGGAUCUGUGGGAUGCCGAGAAGCUGCGGACCAACCCUAGCGAGGCGCACAUAUCACGGACGUCGAAGCACAGCGGUGCAAUCAAGGCACUCCAGUUCAACCCCUUCCGGCCUGAACUCCUAGCUACUGCCGGCGCCAAAGGCGAGCUGUUCAUCACAGACCUCAAUAAUGCAUCCAACCCGACGCGACUUGGUACAUCCGCUGCACGAGCGGACGACUUCGAAUGCCUGGACUGGAACAAGAAGGUGCCACACAUCCUGGCAACGGGUAGCAGUGGGGGAUUUGUCACAGUAUGGGAUCUGAAGGCGAAGAAAGAGAGUCUGACAUUGAACAACAUGGGAAGGAAAGCUGUCAGCGCCAUCGCAUGGGAUCCGGAGGUGGCUACAAGGCUCAUAACCGCUAUACCCCACGACCAGGAUCCGCUGAUUCUGGUAUGGGAUUUGCGGAACUCGAACGCACCGGAGCGGACAUUACGCGCGCAUGAUCAGGGCGUGCUAUCGUUGUCCUGGUGUCCUCAAGACAGCGAAUUGCUGCUCUCGUGCGGAAAAGACAAUCGAACUAUCUGUUGGAACCCGAGAACUGGCGACGUUCUAGGGGAGUUCCCAGUCGUCACAAACUGGACGUUUCAGACCAGAUGGAAUCCGCACAAUCCAAGUCUGCUCGCAACCGCAUCCUUUGACGGCAAGAUCGGUGUGCAGACAAUCCAGAACACUAGGGCCAGCAAGACGACGAGUGCGGCAGCUGCCCCGGCACUGGAUGGAGAGGAUUUCUUCUCUAAAGCUCAGACCCAGCCCCAGGGUGCAACGUUCUCCUUGGCGAAGGCGCCCAAAUGGCUUGAGCGGCCUGUUGGCGUUUCCUUUGGAUUCGGAGGAAGGAUUGUCAAGUUCGGUCCGGCUGAGAGCGGCUCUCGGCAGUCAAAGAUCAGUCUGUCGACAUUCGCGGUUGACUCUGCCAUUGGCGCUGCUACUGAAAGAUUCGAAGAGGCGUUGAACAAAGGGGAUCUUGCCAGUAUCUGCCGAGAAAAGAUUGCGGAGGCCAAAACUGAUGAGGAGAAGGCGGACUGGACAGUUAUGGAAACGCUGUUGUCUGGCAAUACGAGGAGGAAGCUGGUCGAGUACCUGGGAUUCUCCGAUACAGCUAGCGAUUCUAAAGACAGAGCCGAUGAGGGACAAGACGAGGGGUCUCGUACGAAUGGCGUAACAUCUGCAAAAGAUGACGCCUCAUUCUUCGAGGAUGGUGGAGCGGAAGACAACUUCCUUGCGGAUUUGGCAGCCACGAAAGGGGCUAAGACUAACAACCCAUUUCAGAUCUACACCGGAACGGAGACCGAUGCCGAUAAAAGCAUUACCAGAGCGCUCAUGCUGGGAUCCUUUGAGAAGGCGCUAGACAUAUGUCUGAAGGAGAAUAGACUAUCCGAUGGCUUCAUGAUUGCUAUCUGCGGCGGGCAGAAGUGCAUCGACAAGGCGCAAGCUGCCUACUUUAAACGGAAAGCGGAUGGACCGAACUAUUUACGUCUCCUGGCCUCUGUUGUGGGGAAGAAUCUAUGGGAUGUUGUAUACAACGCCGACCUUGCCAAUUGGAAAGAGAUCAUGGCUACCCUGUGCACGUUUGCAGACGAGACAGAAUUCCCUGACUUGUGCGAAGCCCUGGGUGACCGGCUGGAAGAGUCGAUACAAGACGGCGCUGACGCGAGCGACGUGAGAAAGGACGCAUCCUUCUGCUACUUGGCUGGCUCCAAGCUUGAGAAGGUUGUUGGUAAUUGGGUGCAAGAGUUGGUUGAGAAUGAGGAUGCGGAUCUUAGCCAUGCCGACGGUGGUUCAAGCUUCUCAAUACACGCCAAGUCUUUGCAAGAUUUCAUCGAGAAGGUCACUGUAUUCCGGCGAGUCACUAGGUUCCAGGAUGUUGAUCUCCAGAAGACCGAAGAGUGGAAGCUAGCACCGCUGUAUGCCAAGUAUACGGAGUACGCGGAUAUCGUUGCUUCGCACGGGCAGCUCCAGGUUGCGGAGAAGUACCUAGAUCUUCUGCCGGCCAAGUACCCUGCUGCAGAGGUGGCAAGAAACAGAGUGAAACAAGCGACGAGAAAGGCCGCGCCUCAGGCGGCGCAGAGGCAGACUGCGACUGCUGCGAACACGACCACCCAACGAAGCCAGAGAGUCGUUCCUGCGUAUCAGCCGACACAACCUCAAACAGCUCCGAUACCUACACCCAGCAAACCCCGGACAGUUCCCCAGUUCAACCCUCCCAAUGCCCCUGUACCAGUCCAGCAAACGCCACAGCAGAGUUACGCACCCACAGCUACCAGCGGGUACGCUCCUGCUGGGUACCAACCACCACAGCAGUUUCCUCAACUGAAUGCUGGUGGCAUACCUACACCUCAGCCGUAUGGUCUCGGCUACCAACCGCCUCAGCAACAGCCCCUCCCGCCUCCGCCGCGAGGUUUCACUGCUUCUCCGUCGAUUCCACCGCCUUCGAAAGCCUCCAACGCUUCUCAAUGGAAUGAUGUUCCGGACUUUGGCCCUAAAGCGCCCACCUCACGCCGUGGCACGCCAGGCUUAGGCGCGGGAGCCAUCACAUCGCCCUUCCCUAACCAGCAGCAAAGUCCUGUCGGUCCUCCACCGCCCAUGGGUCCCCCUCAAUUCGCAGCGCAACAGAGGGCUACGCCACCGCCUCCGCCUCGAGGACCGCCUCAAGGUCCUCCGCGCAUGAUGUCUCCGCCAACCGCUCCAGGCUCACAGUAUCUACAACCAGAGCGCCCGUCCUCCUCGGCCGCAAAUACUUACGCGCCGUCACAGCCGACUCAACCAUUUGCUGGCGCUCCGCCACAGCACAUGAUUCCCCGAGGCUCCUCGCCAUACAACCCGCCGCCAUCAGCUGCACCUCCGUCAAAUCGCUAUGCGCCUAGCCCAAGCCCUCAAAUAUCUUCUCAGCCAUCAAAGGCGCCUCCGCCCAGACAAAAUAUCCCUCCACCGAAUCCUUAUGCACCCCAGCAGCGUACAAGCUCCAUCGGGUCAACCGGUGCGAUGGCAUCACCAGCCCCUCCAAGCCAACCGCCACAGGGGCCGCCACAAGGAUUCGCUCGGCCGCCACCGCUCCAGACCCAGACACCGCCAGCGGGUCCGCCGAGAGCUGGGCCACCGCCAGCAGGCCCUCCACCCGCAGCGGCGCCGGAGUCGCGGCCCAGCACUGCGCAGUCGCAGAGAGCGGCGUCCGCUGCGGCAAAAUACCCCCCCGGCGACCGGUCCCACAUACCAUCAGCCUCCCAGCCGAUCUUCGAAAUCCUCAACAAAGACAUGCAACGCGUGAAGUCCCGUGCUCCUCAGAACUUCAUGCCGCAGGUCCUGGAUACCGAGAAGCGACUGAACAUCCUGUUCGACCAUCUCAACAACGAAGAUCUUCUGAAGCCAGAUACGAUUUCGGAGAUGAAUGAGCUGGCGCAGCAUCUGCAGGCGAGGAACUACGACCAGGCUCAGGCGUUGUUCACGGAUCUCAUGACUAACAAGACGGAUGAGGGCAGUAACUGGAUGGUUGGAGUCAAGCGUUUGAUUCAAAUGAGCAGGGCGACGCCGGCUUAA